AUGGCCGACAAGAGGAAAUUCAGUGAGUUGGAGCUGACGAAGCAGAAUAUUGUCGAUUCAAUGGCUUUGUUGGAAUAUUAUGCGAAGGAGUUCGACAAGGACAGUAAGUUUGCGGGCCAAGUAGAAGCGUGGGCGGAAAAGUUGGAGAAAUUUUACGACGAGUUUCACCGGACGGUGGUGAAAUUGGAGAUGUUUUCCACCGAUAAGGAGCCAAUCGACCUGAAAAAGGAACGGCAGUUGUUCGACGGUCGCUAUUAUGCUCUUCGGUCCUUCUACUUGGCCAAACUGGCGAAGAAAAUACGUUCUCCCCCUUCUGCCAACCCCGCACCAUCGAGACCAAUGAACAUCAGGCUUCCGGAGCUUAACCUACCCAAGUUUAGCGGUAAGUUGGAAGACUGGUGUGUUUUUCGCGAUUCAUUUGAAUCCGCAGUAGGUUCCCGGAGCGACAUCAGUGCGGUCGAGAAGAUGCACUAUCUGAAGGGCCUCGUUCAAGGAGAGGCAGCGCGCAUUCUCGACCCUAUCAAAAUAAGCGAGCAGGGCUACAAGGACGCUUGGCGAACGUUGCGGCUGCGUUUUGAGAACAACCGGCAGUUAAUCAAGUGUCACAUUCGGACGCUUUUCGACACUCCAGCGAUGCGCAAGGAAUCAGCUGAAGAUCUGCUUGCGCUGAUCGAUCGCUUCGAGCAGCAGAUCUCCGUUCUGAAGAGCUUGGGUGAACCAGCAGACCGAUGGAGCUCUAUCCUGGUUUACCAGCUAUCUAUACGCCUCGAUCCUUGUACGCUCCGGGAAUGGGAGAACCACUGUAGCAAACUCGAUGCUGACAACAUCGCUUCGGUUCUGGGAGGAACCGCCGGCACAUCAGAGGACACCAGCACUGGUGCGUCAACUUCAAUGCCAUCAUACGUGACGAUGGUAACCUUCCUCCAGAACUACGCUCGAGUUUUGCAAGCAGUUUCUUCAGCCACUUCGAACACCGCUCCUCCUCGCAGCAAGCCAAAUCCGACAUCCAAGCUAGCAGCUUUUCCAGUCGCAGCUACACAGCAAACUGCAGUAUCCAGUGCACCCUCUUCCAGCGCCAGCAAGCCGAAGCCGUGCGACAAGUGCGGUGAGAGUCAUUACCUGUACAGCUGUCCGGAAUUUCGGAAACUCAACCUUCGCCAACGGAUCGACCUGGUAAGACAGAAAAACCUUUGCAUUAACUGUUUGAGAUCGAGUUCCCAUUAUGCCCGGAACUGUUCUGGGUCAAGAUGCCGUACAUGUACCAAGAAGCACCACACGCUUCUUCAUACUGAGCCCUCUGACGACAAUCCCGCUUCUGGUCAAGCCACCGGAUCAACUUGCUGUGUUGCCCUCCAGCCGACUCUCACCGCAGCAUCUGCGCUGCAUGCUCCAAACUCACUGUCACCCCAGUCUGUUUCGCAAGCUCCCAUCCAGCAACCGUCUACCUCUACCUCAAUCGCAAACUUAUCCCACAUUCAUGCGCCUUCCAUGAGCUCUCAGACAGCCCUCGUAUCACAUACUGGUGAAGUGAUUCCUGGAACCGUUUUCCUUCCGACUGCGCUAGUGAAUAUCCGUAACGGUAGAGGUCGCAUCGUCACUGCUCGUUGCUUGCUGGACUGUGCUUCCCAACGCAACUUUGUUUCUGGGGCUCUUUGCGAACGACUGCAGCUUCCUCGCAUCCGAUUGCCGCAUGCUAUCCCGAUAAGCGGAAUCGGAAACACUACAACGCUGGUUGAAUACCAGGCCACGAUAACCAUCUUCUCUCGAGUCACUCCCUUCUCCGUACAAUGCUCCAUGCUCGUUCUGCCUUCCAUUACCGUCAAGCUGCCCCAGUCGACGGUAGAAGCCCGCCACUGGCCGAUUCCAAAGAUAUCGCUCGGGGAAGAGUUACCGCUUCUGCAGAAUACAGAGUUCGGUUGGGUCGUCUCCGGAGAGUGUUUAUUGGAAAACCACGAUCACAGCGAUCCACGCAAGUGCCAGUUCAGUAAUCCCUGCACAAUCGAUGAAUUGGUCAACCGAUUCUGGCAGCUCGAAGAAGUCCACGAUGCAAAGGGAUGGUCUCCGUCGGAACGAUACUGUGAGGAACAUUUCUUGAAGAACACCACCCGCAACUCCGAAGGCCGCUACGUCGUCAAGCUGCCCAAGCGUGACGAGCUGCUUUGGCAGUUAAAGGACAACAAAUACAACGCCACCCGCCGCUUCUUCUCUCUAGAACGCUCACUCGGUGCGAGUCCCGAUAAGAAGGCGAUGUAUCAGCAGUUCAUCCACGAGUACGUGAGAUUGGGACAUAUGCGGGAGAUUGGCCCCGAUGAAAUCGACGCGCAACCGCAAUACUACCUUCCACACCACGCUGUGAUGAAACUCGACAGCACCACUACAAAGCUUCGUACCGUAUUCGACGCAUCAUGCCGCUCGAAGUCCGGUAUCUCGCUGAACGAUGUCCUGCUUCCUGGUCCCACAAUCCAGGACACUCUCGUGACGAUUGUCCUCCGUUUUCGAAUCCACCAGUUCGUGAUAUCUGCGGACAUUGAAAAAAUGUACCGGCAGAUUUUGGUCCAUCCCACCGACCAACCGCUGCAGCGAAUUCUCUGGCGCGACGAUCCCGAGGCUCCACUGAAGAGCUACCAGCUCCGCACCGUCACAUACGGCACAAGCAGUGCUCCAUUUUUGGCAACUAGGGUGCUGCAGAAGCUCGCCGAUGAUGAAGGGCAACAUUUUCCGCUGGCGGAACCAGCUGUCCGCCACGACUUCUACGUCGACAAUUUGCUGUCCGGUUCUGACGAUGCUGAAUCUCUCGCCGUUACCUGCAACCAGCUCAUUGCAAUGCUCGCAUGCGCAGGACUUCCUCUCCGACAAUGGUCUUCGAAUUGUCAAGCUAUUCUUGAUACCAUUCCGUUGGAGCUCCGAGAGACGAAAACACUACUCGAUUUGGACCACGAGUCCUCCGUGACUGCACUUGGCCUCCGCUGGGAACCGUCGACCGAUUUUCUUUCGUUCAAGACGCCGAAUUGGAAGGAAUGUACGGUUCUGAACAAACGAGCGAUCCUCUCUCAGAUCAGCAGUCUUUUCGACCCCUUAGGUUUGAUUGGACCGACCAUUGCAAAGGCGAAAAUCAUGCUGCAGAGUCUUUGGAAACUCCAUCUCGACUGGGACACACCCGUGGCUAACGGAUUCGCUCACGAAUGGCAGGAAUUUCACCAGAAGCUUUCAGCACUUGCCCACCUUCGAGUUUUUCGCCAUGUGUUACGUCCGGGUUACGACCGCUUGGAGAUUCACGGGUUCAGCGACGCUUCAGAGUCUGCAUAUGGCGCAUGCAUCUAUCUCCGGUCAAUACCUGCCGAGGGCCCUUGUACAGUUCGCCUGGUGAUUUCUAAGUCCAAGGUCGCUCCGAUGGGGACUCAAACCAUUCCACGCCUCGAGCUAUGCGCAGCUCAACUCCUGUCCAGACUUCUUAAACAAGUUCAGGACAGCAUCGACAUAACCGCCACCACAUAUCUAUGGACCGAUUCUUCCAUCGUCUUGAACUGGAUAUCCGCAACUCCAUCGACAUGGAAGACGUUCGUAGCCAACCGAGUGGCUGAAAUCCAAGAGCUGACAUCUCACGCCGUUUGGAAUCACGUCCCAUCCGAAGACAAUCCCGCCGAUCUCGUUUCUCGAGGAAUGGACCUCGAUGAACUCCUCGCUAGUGCACUGUGGUGGAACGGACCGCAGUGGCUAAAACCAAUAUUCGCUCCUUGGCCAGCGAAGUACGUCGUCGUAGCGACCUCAAACUUAGACCAACCGGAGGUCCGACAGACUAUUGCCCUUCCGGUCGUGAGCGUAGAACCGUCAGAUAUCGUCGAUCGCUAUUCCAAUCUUCGUCAGCUACUUCGGAUCGGCACACUUCUUCGGCGUUUCGCCGCUAACUGCCUUCACCGGAAGAAUCACCAACCAAUUCUUGUCGGCCCGUUGACGGCUCUUGACAUUGAUCGCACUCUGCUCAAUCUGGUCCGUCGCAUACAACAGCAGUACUUUGCCAACGAGAUACGCCAACUUGAAACCGUCGGAAAAGUAAACCGUAAAUCCAAGCUACGGUAUCUGCACCCGACACUCGUAGACGGCAUUAUUCGUGUCGGCGGCCGGCUUCACAAUGCUGCAAUACCUGUCGACGGAAGACACCCGAUCGUCCUCCCCAAACAUCGUCUCACCGACAUGAUCGCCACGAGAGAACACCAUAAGACGCUCCAUGCCGGUCCCAGCUUACUACUAUCCUCGUUGCGCCAAAGAUUUUGGCCCCUCGGCGGACGGAACUUGGUUCGCAACAUUGUUCACGGCUGCAUGGUAUGCGCACGUGCCAAACCCAAGCCGUUGCAGCAGCUGAUGGGGGAUCUGCCAUCUGUUCGGGUCAACCAGGCGUACCCGUUUCAGAAUGUUGGCGUUGACUUGGCUGGGCCAAUGUACGUGAGAACGUCACUCCGAAAUAAGAGAUCGCCAUUCUUCAAAGCCUACAUCACCGUAUACGUAUGUAUGGCUACCAAAGCCGUGCACUUGGACCUUGUGUCGGAUCUGACCACUGGCACAUUCAUUGCGAGCCUGCGAAGAUUCGUCGGCCGUAGAGGAAAGCCUGCGCAUAUCUACUGCGAUAACGCCACGAACUUUGUUGGAGCACAUCGAGAACUGGAAGAACUGCGGAAGCUUUUCCGAACUCAAGUUCACCAAGAUGCCGUAGCAAACGAAUGCGCAGACAACGGAAUACAGUUCCACUUCAUCCCACCUCGCUCUCCCACAUUCGGUGGAAUCUGGGAAGCCUGCGUGAAAUCCGUGAAGACCCUGCUUCGCAAAAUCCUCGGAAAUGCUCACCUAACCGAAUCCGAGCUGCAAACCGCAUUGAUUCAGGUCGAGUCAAUGCUAAACUCUCGCCCAAUCACGCCGUUGCCGGACAAUCCAUCCGAUGAGCUGGCUCUGACUCCAGGACAUUUCCUGAUUGGUCGUCCGUUGAAUGCGGUACCCGAUCCAGAUUGCCGUGAAGUUCCUGAAUCCCGGUUGUCUCGAUGGGAACGAGUACAACAGCUAACUCAGCACUUCUGGAGUCGUUGGCACAAGGAGUAUCUCGCCACCCUGCAAAGUCGCUACCGCUGGACAGAAGCCAUGGACAAUCUAGCCGUUGGUUCCAUCGUCGCUCUCAAAGAUGAGAGAGCACCGCCGUUGAAAUGGCCCCUGGGACGCGUGCUCAGCGUUCAUCCCGGCCCUGACGGCCUUGUUCGUGUCGCCACUGUGAAGUCGACCUUCGGCAUCGUUCAACGCGCCAUCCCGAAGCUCUGCUUACUUCCAAUUGAAGUUGCGCCACCCAUCGUAGCACAGAGUCCCGCACCAAUUAGCAGCCCUACGUCAACAACGCCAAAGGAAGGCCCUUGCUCAGGGAACCGAGCCGCCGGACGAGAUCCCGGCCCUUGCUCAGGGAACAGAGCCGCCGGACGAGAUCCCGGCCCUUGCUCAGGGUACAGAGCCGCCGGACGAGCUCCCGGCCCCUACUCGGGGAAAUGA